AUGAUAAGGAGCGUACUACAACUAAUAAUUGUUCUGUCAUGGAUGACAACUAGUAUACAAAGUUGUUUUUGUGGUACUGAACAUCCUCAAGUUCAAUUCUGCGAAGCUCAUUACGUAUUGUAUGGCAAAGUUAUAAACGAGACUCUUAUACCAGGUCCAAGAGAUGAUUAUUACAAUAAUUACGCAACUUGGGAAUAUACAUUUACAGUUAUUUUCAGAAUGAAGGGAGUGACAGAACGAGUUGGACAAGAUGUAGUUAUAGAGACUGCAGGAAAUGAUGCCCGUUGUGGCGUUCGCUUUACCGUCGGACAGUCUUAUAUCAUAAUGGGACAAAACAACACCGAUGGACAGAAAACGAUAUAUAAUUGUAAUUUCCAUAAGCAACUCGGCGACAUGUCACCAUCUCAAACGUUUUAUCUGUUUUCAAGAGGUUCCUAUUCGUACUUAAGAAACUGCAGAAGAAGGAGAUGCAAAAUUUCAGAGAAUUCAAUUGGUUGUAGAUAUGGGGACUUGAAUGGAGGUUCUCGAACUGCAUCCUGCUUAGCUAAGAAAGCACUGUGCCAGAGAGGAAGAAGGCGUUGCCUCUGGUUCAUUAGACCUUUGAAUAACAAGGACGUAAAUUUCAAUAAAGAAAACAAAUCUCCAAUAUAUGUAGGAUUCUUUGGAUUUCCAGAAUUCGUAUCCAUGUUUGGAUGA